UUUUGGGGCACAUUAAAUGCAUCAGCAUUGACCUAACUCAGCAGCGAUAAUUAACCUGGCUUUGCAUAAACUUUGCCUUGCCAUUUCAUACUGAAGGCAUUCUGAAGAAACGUUUGGGCACGUUUGCAAGAAAACUUAUCUCUAUGUUAGAUAUUGGCGAGCUUUGUAAGCAAAUUUAUAGUCUCUAUUUUUUAAUUGUGGUGAAAUUGGUCAACUUCAAUCCAGAAAUCUCGUAAACGGUGAUGCUUUUGACAGCUUGCUAGCCUGUUAGCCAUCUUAACUAACAUUCGUUGGAAGUCACGUUGCUGUUGGCAAGGUUAAUGCCACUGAAGCUACUAGAAGUCAAGUUAGCUGCUAAAUGCUGACUAUUCGUAAAACAGAUCAUGAUGGCGUCGUCUUCCAGAGAGAGGUCAGGAGUGAUGGUUGGCCGAUUAGAGAGCAUGAUGACAGGGUUGGGGGCCCCCAGUUUCGCAACCGAAAAGGGCGGGGACCCUUCAGGGGCCGCAUGUACAGUGAACAGUCGAGGCAGCGGCAUCGUGGGGGUCCAGGAGGCGGGGCUCCAGGUCCCAGGGCCAGGUUUGAAGACGACGAUGGAGAUGUGGCGAUGAAUGACAGCAACUCACAAGAUGGAAGUUCACAGCGCAGAUUCAACCCAUAUGGACGGCAAGGUCGCCGGGGUGAUGGCCGGUUUGGCGACAGAAGAGGAGGGGGAGGUGGAGGCCACAGGGGAGGUGGAGGAGGGGGGCGCAAAAGCUGGUUCAGGAUGACUAUUCCCCACGGGAAGAAAUAUGACAAGAAAUGGCUGCUCACGGCUCUGCAGAACCUGUGCUCCGUGCCUUUCACUCCCAUACAGUACCACACGGAGGGGAACAGGGCACAGUUUUUCGUCGACGAUGCCUCCACUGCCAACGCCCUGAGCAAAGUGUCGCGCAAGAUCACGGACACUGAAGGCUACAAGGUGACUGUACUGAUGAACCCCUGCGUCCCCCCCUCCUCGAUUCAGACAGACCUGAAGCCAGAGGACCUAGACCAUCUAAAGCAAUGCAUGUCCAAGCGAUUUGAUGGCUCACAACAAGCACUUGACUUGAACAGCAUUAGGACAGACCCAGACCUGGUUUCCCAGAACAUUGAGGUGAUUCUGAACAGGAAGAGCUGUAUGCAGGCUGUCAUCAAAAUCAUUGAGGAGAAUAUCCCUGGGCUGACAUGUCUAAAUAUGAGCAACAACAGGCUUUAUAAGCUAGAGGAUCUGGCAGAGCUGGUCAGUAAGGUGCCGAACAUGAAGACACUCAAUCUCUCCAACAACGAGCUGAAGACUGAGCGGGAGCUGGACAAAUUGAAGGGCUUCAAGCUAGUGGAGCUGUGGCUGGACAGGAAUCCGCUGUGCGACCAUUUCAAGGACCAGGCCACCUACAUCAGCGCUGUGAGAGAACGGUUUCCGCGGUUACUCAAACUGGAUGGUCACGAUCUGCCCCCGCCCAUCGGAUUUGACGUGGAAGCGCCCACGACUCUCCCCCCCUGCAAGGGAAGCUACUUCGUGUCAGAUGAAAUCAAGAGCCACAUACUGCGGUUCCUACAACAGUACUACAGCGUUUAUGACUCGGGUGACCGGCAGCCUCUGUUGGAUGCCUACCACGACGGAGCUUCCUUCUCCCUCAGCAUGCCCUUCUCUGGGCAGAACCCCUCCAGGUGCAGUCUAGGGGAGUAUCACAAGGACAGCCGCAACAUCAAGAAGCUUAAAGAUCCCACCACUCGAUUCCGCCUGUUGAAGCACACGCGGUUGAACGUGGUAGCCUUCUUAAACGAGCUGCCAAAGACCCAGCAUGACAUUGCUUCCUUCAACGUCGAUGUGAACACGUUCACUAACACGUUACUGUCAUUCACGGUCAGCGGGGUGUUCAAAGAAGUGGACGGUAAAUCCAGAGACUCAGUCAGAGCGUUUUCUCGGGUCUUUGUCGCAGUGCCGGCAGGGAAUACUGGUUUGUGCAUAGUGAACGACGAGCUGUUCGUGCGGAACGCCACGACGGAGGAGAUCCGGCGAGCCUUCGCAGCCCCCGCGCCGACGCCCUCCAGCAGCCCCGUCCCGACGCUUUCGGCACCCCAUCAGGAAAUGCUGUCCGCCUUCUCGCUGAAGUCCGGCAUGAACCUCGAGUGGUCGCAAAAGUGUCUUCAGGACAACGAGUGGGAUUUCAACCGAGCUGCUCAAAUCUUCACACAGCUAAAGGCCAUAGGGAAGAUCCCAGACGUUGCCUUCUUGAAGUGAAGACCAAAGUUGGGAAUGUUGUAAAUUAGUGACCAUACAUUUGUUGUGAAUAAAUAAAAUUGAAACAAUUUGUUUUUAUAUGGAUUUUUUCCCUGUUAUUUUGGUUUUUAUUCUGUUUUUUUUUUUGUCAAGAUCAUAGGAAAGCUGAGGAUUCACUACAAGUACAGAACUUUCUUUGUCCUUACAUUGAAUUUUCAGAUCAUUAAUGUGUCUACAAUUAAAGUAUUGCAAUUUUUAAUUUAAGACUUUUUGUCUUGUUGAAUCUUGCCCUAAUGAUUGUAGCUUUAAUUUUGUACUGUGUUGUUUUUCGCACUAAUAAAUUGUGACAAGCUGUUGUUACUCAGCAUCUAUAUUUCA